AUGGGCAACUGGUUCGGGAACCUUGACCUUGCCUACAAAUACACUGUUGUAUUCAUCUCCCUGCUGCUUCUGACCAUCUUAGCCGGAUUGGUCAAGGUGUUUUUCGAUCGCAGGAAGCUCAAGAAGCUUGCAGCGAAGCAGAACGAAGAUGGAGAAGUCAGAGAAGAAAGGAUGGAGUUGACGGGACGGGAAAAAGAUGAAGGGGACUACUUUGGAGUUCGCGCGUUGGAAGCAGGUUUCUAUGCUGGCGUUGCGCAAUCCGCGCCAACCUCCAGAGCCAACUCGGUUGUAGGAAGCCCGUUCAUGAGCACGAGCACCCUCGUUGGUGGUGGUGGUGUGGGCAACCUCAAGGACUCGAAGAACAACAGCGUCACUACUCUCCCGCUUGCUCACACCAGAGAGCGCAACAACAGCGCGAUCCGCGACUCGGAUACCCUGCCAUCCCCACAGUCCGAGGACCCGCCCCGAAGGAGGUCACCUCCAGCCAUCCGUCUCGCGCCGUCGACCGCUGAGCUGACCGGUCGCCACCGAUUCAGCGCUGCCGUCAACAUGAACCUGAACGUGCCUCCGUCCCCAUCUGCCUCGCGAGGGCCGUCAUCCCCGACGUUUGGCGGUUCGGAUAACGGCGAGAGCGACGGAGCUCUGUCACCACGCUCGCAAAUGUCGCCCACAUCUCCUGUCACCCACUACGCUCCUAACCCACCACAGCUACCCAUGCCGCAACCAGACGGCUUCCGCGCGUCAUUUGUGUCUGUCUACGACCACUACCAGUCGCAAACGGCAUCCAUGCUCAUGGCUUCGCCUACGGGUACCGACGCACCCGCGGACGCUUCAAUGGCAAUGCCCGGCAUCACGUUGAACGACAGUGACGCCCUUCCCAAAUCUCCUGUCCAGCUUCUCCCCAAGACAUACCAGCCAUCUCACAACCGUGACAACAGCGACUCGAGCAGCAUCUACAGCGAGGCGCGGCACAGCAAAGUCGAGCGGGAUGCCAGCCGCCAAUCAACCAUCGGGCCUCUUCCCGUGAACGGCGAGAACCGCAAGACGCUCCUCCCGCCGGCAGCUGGCGACAACCGAUACAGCGACAUCUACGACGCCUACUAUCGGCAUUCGAUGAUCCAGGGCAGUUCGAGCGUGACGGACUCUUCACGAUCGGAUGACGAGCACCCGGCUGGGAGCAAGGCGGGCGCAGGCAUGGCGAUGUGA